CUUAAUGCCUGUUUCCGGUCAGGAGAAACGCAUCCUAUUGAACGAUCCAGACAUGAUGAAUUCGCGGCUAGAAGCCCUGGAACAUGAGUUGCAAGCUUUAAAAUCAGCGCUGCUCGAAACAAAAACUAGGAACUUGGCACAAGACGCAAAAAUAAAUUCUCAGGAAUCAGAAAUUCAGGAUUUGAAAAAUCAACUUAGCAUUAAAACUUCAGGUUCGACUUAUAUAAGAUGGGGCCAUAAAACAUGUCCAGUCGUGAAUGGAACCUCUUUAUUGUAUGCUGGAUUUACCGCGGGUAGACAUUAUAGAGAAGCAGGAAGUGGCGUGAAUACACUCUGUCUGCCUCAUGAUCCAGAAUCAGCACCGGCUGGUCUUCCUUCCGAUUCAAGCUGGGGUCGCUUAUAUGGAGCAGAAUAUGACUUUAGUUUCAAAAAUAUUGCUGUUAACGAUGACGUACCGUGUGCUGUCUGUUUUGCUCACCAUGCAUCAUCUUCUAUUAUGAUUCCUGCAAAACGCUCAUGCCCUCUUAGUUGGACAAAGCAGUACUCAGGAUUCUUAACAUCUGAUGCAACUCUGAGUAAUAAUGUUUACUAUGGCUCUGAAUAUUUGUGUGUUGAUGAAAAUCCUGAAUAUAUGACCGAUGGUGCUCGACAGAACAAUUAUGAUGGUAGACUAUUUUUUCCGGUACAUGCAGUAUGUGGCUCCCUGCCAUGUCCACCGUAUAGAGAUCUCCAAAAGCUUGCCUGUGUGGUUUGUACCAUGUAAUCACAUU